AUGUCCUCUACCGAUCUCCCUCCUUCAAAGCUUGGAACAAAACAACACUGGGAUGAAGUCUACUCGUCCGAACUCGCGAAUUUCGCAGAUAUCGGCGAUGAAGGAGAAGUCUGGUUUGGCGAAGACAGCGUAGAGAAGAUGGUGGACUGGGCGCUCGAGAACGUCCCGACGGACCCCGCACCGUACAUCCUGGAGGUCGGCGCGGGGAAUGGCAACCUGCUCUUCGCGCUCUGUGACGCAGGCUAUGCACCGCACAAAAUUUGCGGCGUCGACUACAGCGCAGACGCGAUCAAUCUUGCGCAGGCCAUCGCGAAGGCGAGAGCCGUCCAGCCGUCUGCUGAAGACGCGGGGGAUGACGAGGAAGACGCGGGUGGAGGUCCUGCGGGUGCAGACAAGAUCACCUUCGCUACGUGCGAUUUCCUUCAGGACGAGGUGGCUCGCCUUUCCGGAAUGGGUGCCGAGUCGGAUUCAGACGUUGCAGUCUGGGAUUUCGUCCUCGACAAGGGGACCUUUGACGCGAUCGCGCUCGCGGAGAAGGACGAGGCAGGAAAGGCCCCCGCGGACGGGUACCCAGCACGGAUAGGACGAGUGGUCAAGCCCGGAGGAUACUUUCUCAUUACCUCAUGUAAUUUCACGGAAGCCGAGCUCGAGGGGAAGUUCGCGAACGGGGAGACCGGGCUGGAGUAUCAUUCCAGGAUAGCGUGGCCGACAUUCUCGUUUGGGGGGCACAGUGGUAAUGUGUACUCCAGUGUUGCUUUCCGCAAGCCAUGA